CGCGCGCCUCCACCGCCUACCGUACCUCCUCCAGUUCAUCUGCACUUACCCAUCCCCCAGUAACGCGGCCGGAUGAGUUACCUGGUGGACUCGAUAGGGAGCCCCUUCAGGAGGACGAUGGACACCAGGACGUCCGGCUACAGCUACAGCCGCACCGCCGGCACGCCCUCCAGCGGCUUUCGCUCACAGUCCUGGUCCCGGGCAAGUCCCGGCUCCACCAUGACUACAUCAUAUAAAAGGAGCGUCAACGUGCCGGUGUCCCGCGCGUACGCCUCCACGGUGCUCAGCUCCGCCGACAGCGUUGAUUACAAUCAAACUUCCAUCCUGAACGGAGACUACAAGCGAUCCAACGAGAAGGAGCAACUCCAAGGGCUCAACGACCGCUUUGCUGUCUACAUCGACAAAGUGCACUACUUGGAGCAGCAGAACAAACAGAUCGAGGCCGAGAUCCAGGCACUGCGGCAGAAGCAGGUGUCGCGCUCCCAGCUGGGAGACCUUUACGACCAGGAGCUGCAGGAGCUGCGCUCCGUGUUGGAGCAAAUCCACCACGACAAGGCGCAGAUCCAGCUCGACACGGACCACAUCGAGGAAGACAUCCAGCGGCUGAGGGACCGCUUCGAGGAAGAAGCUCGCAUCCGGGAGGAGACAGAGGCGAUCAUUCGCGUCCUGAAGAAGGAUGCGGGCGACUCGGAGUUGGCCAAGUCCGAGUUGGAGAAGAAAGUUCAGUCCCUGCAGGAUGAGAUCGCCUUCAUCCGCAACAAUCACGAAGAGGAGGUGAGCGACCUCAUCGCGCAGAUUCAGGCGUCUCAGGUGACUGUGGAGAGGAAAGACCUGCAGAAGGCGAACAUCACAGAAGCGCUGCGCGAGAUCCGCACCGAGCUGGAGGGUCACUCCAAUCAGAACCUGCAGCAGGUGGAAAACUGGUUCAUGUGCCGCUACGCCAAGCUGACCGAGGCUGCGGAGCAGAACAAAGACGCCAUAAAGUCUGCCCGGGAUGAGAUAGCAGACUACCGGCGCCAGCUGCAGUCCAAGACGGUGGAGCUGGAGUCCGUGCGCGGGACGCGAGAAUCGCUGGAGAGACAGCUGAACGACAUCGAGGACCGUCACAACAGCGACCUUGCGAGUCUGCAGGAGACAAUUCACCAGCUGGAUAAUGAGCUCAAGAGCACCAAAUGGGAAAUGGCGCGCCACCUGCGCGAGUACCAGGACUUGCUCAAUGUCAAGAUGGCCUUGGACAUCGAGAUUGCUGCAUACAGGAAACUCCUGGAAGGAGAGGAGACUCACUUCAGCACUUUCCCUUACCGUCAAUCAGUCACCUCCUCCAAAAUCUCAAAGCCUAAAUCAGAGAUGCCCAAACUGAAGGUGCAGCACAAGUUUGUGGAGGAGAUCAUUGAGGAAACAAGAGUAGAGGAUGACAAGGCCAGCAUUGACGAUGCUCUGGCGGAGAUCGCACAAGAGCUGUCCGCCACGCUCGGAGAGGGAGGUGAUGAGGAUGAGGAAGGGGAAGAAGGUGAAGGUGGGGAAGAAGGUGAGGCAGAAGAGGAAGGAAAGGAGGAGGAUGUAGAGGAGGUGGUUGUAGCUGCCACUGAAGCUAAAGUCAGUUCUAGUGUUCCUAUAAAGGAUGAAGAGGAUGAGGAGGAGAGUGGAAAAGGUGGUGAUGAAGAGGAAGAAGGAGAAGGGGAAGGAGGUGAGGAUGAAGAGAAAGAAGAAGAAGGUGAUGCAGAGCAGGAAGAGGAGAAAGGAGAUGAUGCAGAGGAAGGUGAUGAAGGAGAAGAGGGAGGAGAGGAGGAGGAGGUUGAGGAGACAGUGUUGUGUUCCAAAGCUCCAGAGUCUAAAGCAUCUCCUGAAAAGGAGAAGGUGGGAGACAAGGAGGGAAGUGGAGGAGAAGAGGAAGCAGCAGAGGAAGGAAGUGCUGAGGAGGAGGGUGGAGAUCAGGAUGAACAUGCAGGCAGUGACAAAGCUUCCAAAGAUGGAGUCAAAAAGGAGGAGAAAGAGGAGGCAGACACAGGUAAAAAGGAUGACGAGGUAAAGGAGAAAGCGGAGGACAAAUCAGACAAGGAGAAGGAAGUUGUCGCUAAGACAGAGGCUGUGAAAACAGAAGCAGCAAAACCUGAAGCCAAGAAGGAAGAGCCUGCCAAAGUAGAGGCAUCAAAACCUGAAUCCCCAAAGCCUGGAUCACCCAAGUCUGAAUCACCUAAACCUGAGUCUCCUAAAUCUGAAUCCCCAAAGCCAGGAUCUCCUAAAUCUGAAUCCCCCAAACCUGCAUCUCCUAAGUCUGAGUCACCCAAGGAAGGCUCACCCAAGGCUGGUUCCCCAAAACCUAGCUCCCCAAAAGCUGACUCCCCAAAGUCUGAGUCCCCCAAACCUGAAUCUCCUAAAGCUGAGUCCCCAAAGGCUGUGUCCCCCAAACCUGAAUCUCCAAAAGCUGAAUCUCCAAAGUCUGAAUCUCCCAAACCUGAAUCGCCAAAAGCUGAAUCCCCAAAGAAAGAGACGGCCAAGGUCGAGGCUCCAAAGACAGAAUCUCCUAAAGCGGAAGAGAAAAAGAUAGAAAAGAAAGAUGCCGCCAUGAAUGGAGAAAUUGAUAAGAGCAGUCCAGAAGAGAAAGGGAAGGACGAGGGCGUGAAGGAAGCAGACGUGAUCGCGAACGGUGUCGACGAAAGCCCCGUCAAAGAAGACAGCAGCCAGAAAGUGGUGAUCACCAAGACGGUGGAGACGAUCACCACCGGAGAGGACGGAUCCAAGCACGUCACCAAAUCUGUCACCGUGACUGAGACGGUGAAGGAGGUGGAGGAGGUGCUGCAGGAGAAAUUGGUCUCCACCAAGAAGACGGAGAAGCAAUCCACCCAGUCCAUCAAGCAGGUAACGGAGGCUGAGUGAGCAGAUUCCAGGCGUCAGAGGGAAGAGAUGGAGGAGGACC